AUGGCCAGUGUAUCUUCGGCUCUGUCGCUCAACGGUUCGGCCUUUGGAAUAUCCUUCAGGCUGUCUUUAGCAUCAAUACAUUCUAUCCACAGCAUUAUAGACGGAUAUGCAUAUUCUGAAGAUUUGGGCUUUGAGGGCUUUGACGCCGCAAGCCUCAUGUCUGACUCAAAAAUGAGAGUUAAUAAAAAGAGGUCCCUCGGCAUGAUCAAUGAAUCUCCGCCGUGUAUAGUGGGAAGCAAUUAUGGAUCUUCAAGAAGCUUGGAUCCAAAGAAGUAUCGCGAGAGCAAUAUAUUAGAAGUGGAUGCUGCUCAAAAUUCGGCUGUGGCAAUAGAAGGACCAUCAAAUGUGCUCGAGUCUGAGGUACCGGUCACUGUAUCAGGAGCAGACCAGAAUCAAUGGUCAAAUAAUUUGAAUACUCGCACGGCUGGCCGCAUACGAGUGACAAAGGAUCAUUGGCGCAAGGAAAAUCGUCUAGCUCUGCUGAAUGUGUCGCCUCAGCUACUGCCUAUUAAUCAAUCCCAGGAGCAUCUCACAUCAAGCGCCAGCCUGAACACAGAGCCUCUUGUGAGUUCCGAAAUAGAGAUCUUUGACCCAAAAGCAGGUAUAGUCGAGGCACUGCUGUAUACGGGUGUGUUGAAUAUAGAGCCGGAGACAUCUGGAAUUGAUGACCAGAGGCUUGACCCUAUCGCAGUUGCAGCAGCAGCAACAGAAGCAGCUCUCCGAAUGGUGAGAAUGGCUGAACUUGACCGUCAAAGAAUCCUUCAUUUUCUGAAGUCUCCACCCAGGGAUGAGUAUACCAUAAUCGAUGAGGAUAUUCCACCAUACCGUGCUCAACUACAUCGAUAUCUUGACCUCAUAUCAUAUGAUGAACGCUUCGCGCCGGUGUUGCGAGUCAAUCGCUACUUAGUUCAGGAUGAUACUAGUUUAGAGGCUGCGAUUAAAAAGUUUAGCAAGUUCAAUUUGCUUCCGAAGGGGACAAACUUAUGGGCGAUUUCUCAUGUUGAUGAUAACUACUACGAACAUAUGAUCCCGGAGCUCAUACCUCAAGAGAGCUAUUAUCAAAAUGAGGUCAACGUUUAA